CACCAUCGUCGAAUUUUACCAAAAAAAAAAAAAAAAAAAAACACCAUCGUCGAAGUGUCUCGAAAUUUUACAAGAUUCAAAGGGCUUUAUCAGAAGAGCUUCAAGUGUUUAUCCGACGUUUUCGAAAGAGGAUGCUCCGAGAAAGAGGAUGAGAUGGAAAUUGGAUAUCCUAUAGAUGUUCUAUCGCAUAUCGGUUGGGAUAGUUCACCGAGUAGUGCACCGAGUUGGCUACAUGAAUUCAAGAAGAGCAACAACAUGUUAGAGGCAACUUCAUCGUGGCCGUUUCAAGAGUUAAAAUCAACCAUGGAAGUAUUUGGAGAAGUUGAGAGCAGCAAAGAAUUGGAAAGAGAAUCGACACAACAAAACCUGAGGAAGAUGCUCUGUUCAAAAGCCUAUAUAUUGUGUAAUCCAUGGUCACCAAGAUUCUCAAGAUCACGCAAGGUCCUUGCUUGA